AUGCCUGCAACAGCCUUGUGGGCACUCUUCGCUGCGUUAUUCAUUUCCGCCGGCGCGUACUCAAACAGGCAGAGGAAUUUUGCCGAGGGAUCCUCGGACAGGAAUGUGCCAGACCUCUCGGCGCCGCUACUGAUCAGGGCGCAGGUCGCCCAACAGCCGCCUGUACAGGUCCGGUUCAGCCUCUUGCAGCCAAGCAACGACACGGCGAGCCUGCGUAACAUCCAGGUGCCCUUCUUGCGCACCGCCCUCUGCUGGGCUGAGACGAACCUUGUUCCGGCGAUCACGGCAUCGCCGGCCUUCGGCAGGGCGCCACAGUAUGUCGUGUACACAGACAAUCACACGCACAGCUACGCCCAAGAGACUUAUCGGCAGUUCCCCCGGCACCGCUACAAGCUGGUGAACUUAGACCUGGACCCACGGGAUGCGAUUCGCAUGGCUCCCUUCCGCGACACGCCGCUCGACGACAAGAACCGAGCAUCCGUUCGGCGGACGCUGGCGGACAGCGACCACCUUUCAGUGCAGUCAGGGCGUUUGCUGUUGGGUACAGAUGUCAAGUUUCUACACCCUCCGAGGGAUUUCGUCGAAGCGGCAUCCAAACUUCCUAGAGAGCAAGCCAUCUACAUGAUCGAUCGGUUCUGGGAGGGGGAGACUGUUGAUGGCCAGCCGGUGAGCAAGGUGAAGUACAGGAUGAAUCGUUCUGGCCCUCAGUGCCCCGGGCUUCUGGGAGACUUCAUCUACCUGAGUCCUGGGCUCCAGGUGACGCUGGAGAACCUUCAGUCCAAGAUGACCUGGUACAUCCAGCAGCCUCGCACGUUAGAUCGGACUAUUCCGAGGUGCCCCCAAAGCUGUCUCGCCUCGAACGGCCUCCACGCAGUGGACCAGUUCGCACUUGUGCUCGCACUAGGCGAAGCCGUGAAACCUGCUGGAGAAGGGUGCUUUGCUCUUGACGCAGAGGCAUACUCCCACUGGUACCCAAGGACUCCACGCACACUUGUCACUCACGACAAGGCCAUGGAUGAGUGCACCCUGCACCUAUCCCUCUCCGAGACAUUGGACGGAGAGGAUGGCAAGAGGAAGAUGCUCCUCGCGACGGCCUCGCUUCUGCUGCUGGCAGCGAGCUCUCUGGCGUGCAUGUUCGCCGACGAGAUGCACUGGGGCGAGAAGCGAGGCUGA